UCCCGGCGAUUGAAACGGGACUCGGCGGCAGCGGCCCGGGGGGAUGGGGGGCAGGUGGAGGGGACGACCCAGACGCACAUCAUCCACGGUCCCUCGGGACUGGAGGGACUCGUGAGCCGGAGCCCAGAAACCCGGGGGUGGAUAAGACACUGCGACCCCUCCAAUUCCCGUAAGCAACCCUUGCUCCAUCCUGCGCCCAAAUACCUCAGCUAGCCCCUCUCCCUACUCCUUACACCCCAAACUCAGCAGGGACAUAUCUCUGCCACCGCCUCCGGCACCCUGAAGGAGAAACUCAGAGAUCCUGUCCCCCUUUUCCCUGAGGGAUUCUUUAGUGACCACAGAAGGAUUUGAUCACUCGGGACAGAGCUGCCAGAGGGGCUCUGGAGGACGGCUGGAGGCCAAGAGAGUCCCUACAGUGGUGCCCAGGGUGAUGUGCUGACAAUGAGCGGGUGCUUUCCAGUCGUUGGCCUCCGAUGCCUGUCUAGGGUAUGUCGUGGCCUGGCGCGGUUGGCUCCUACCUCCCCAAGCCCCACUGCUUCUCCUGCUGCCCGCUUGCUUCGGACUCUGGCAGAAACCCCACCCGCUGACACCUUCCACCCAGGGACUUGGUCUUGGACGAGCCAGCGCCUCUGGCUGUGGCCCGCUAACCAGCCUCUCUCCGGCCGGCUCCCGCCGCGCCCCCUCUCGCUUGUCCCUUCCUCCUCCUCCUCUCCUCCCUGCUCCCAGGACCAAGGGAUGGCUGCGCAGGGCGCGCCGCGUUUUCUUCUGACCUUCGAUUUCGACGAGACGAUUGUGGACGAGAACAGCGACGACUCCAUCGUGCGCGCGGCCCCGGGCCAGCGGCUGCCGGAUAGCCUGCGUGCCACCUACCGCGAGGGCUUCUACAACGAGUACAUGCAGCGGGUCUUCAAGUACCUGGGCGAGCAGGGCGUGCGGCCGCGGGACCUGCGCGCCGUCUACGAGGCCAUCCCCCUGUCACCAGGCAUGGGCGACCUGCUGCAGUUUGUGGCCAAGCAGGGCUCCUGCUUCGAGGUUAUUCUCAUUUCGGAUGCCAACACCUUUGGUGUGGAGAGCGCGCUGCGCGCCGCCGGCCACCACGGCCUGUUCCGUCGCAUCCUCAGCAACCCCUCGGGACCCGACGCGCGGGGACUGCUGGCACUGCGGCCCUUCCACACGCACAGCUGCACGCGCUGCCCCGCCAACAUGUGCAAGCACAAGGUGCUCAGCGACUACCUGCGCGAGCGGGCCCACGACGGCGUGCACUUCGAGCGCCUCUUCUACGUGGGUGAUGGCGCCAACGACUUCUGCCCGAUGGGCCUGCUGGCGGGCGGCGACGUGGCCUUCCCGCGCCGGGGCUAUCCCAUGCACCGCCUCAUCCAAGAGGCGCAGAAGGCGGAGCCCAGCUCCUUCCGCGCCAGCGUGGUGCCCUGGGAAACCGCAGCCGACGUGCGCCAACACCUGCAGCAGGUGCUGAAGACGUGCUGAGGACCGCGGCCUGCAGGGGGCGCGUCUGGCGAGCGGGAGGAGAAGGGGGUGGGGAGGGGGGAACUGGGAAAGACAAACCUAGUUUUACUAUUCCCUUUUCCCUUGCGCUUUGCUAUCACCUGGGAAUUUCUGAAAUCUCGUCCAUUUGGGGGCUGGGGGGUAUGGUUCAGAGCCACCCCCUUUUGUGAGUUCACAAAGCUGGGCUCCCUUUCCCGGUUCCACUGCAGACAGUUACAUUCUUGGGUCUAGUCCAGCAGGGGGUGAUGCGCAUACCCUGAAAGGCAGCACGGUUUCCAAAAAGCUUGUCCUCUCAACUGGGAGGAAGGAGAUCUCUGGCAGGUGAGAGAAGGAACACCUGCCCUUGCUUUAACUGUCUCCUCUGGCUGCGGCUUCGUAACCUCCUCUCCCCUAGUCUUACUAUCAAGAGGAACCAGGAUCUUGAAAUUCUCAUGGCCACACCAGACUCCCCGCAGAGAUAGAUGACUCUUCCCCAAGACGGCUCUAAGCCUCCUCGGUCUUACUUCACCCAGCGCCACUCCACACUUUCUGUACUUGCUACACCUUUCCUCCCUUCCCCCUGCCCACUCCUCCAGCAUCCCCUAAGGAAAAAAAGCCAGGGGGAACAGUCGCCUCCUAGUGGUGGAACGAGGUAGCACACGGUCGGGCGCGGGUCCCAACAGCCAGGGACCUCGCAGCGUGCGACGGUGUCUUCUCGCACCCCAGCUUCGUCUAUGCAGCAAGAGACCAGGGACUUCACCAAAGUGGCCCCCGCGGGCCCCCUCCACGCCCCCUCCUCUCGUACGGAACAGAAAGCCAUCUUUUUAAGCAAAGCCAGCGAAACCCAAGCCCCUCCUUCUGUGUUUCAGAACUAUAAAAGGAGGUGACGGGGAAAA